AAAGUUCAUCGAAAAUGAGCAAAUCUAUGAACUGUUGGCAAACCCGCCGCGCGUUGCAGUUGGUAAUUGAAGAACACAUCGCGUGAGACGCGUGUGUUUGCAUCCUCUGCUGAUAUAUAAAUAAUUUGGGCAAUGAGCGAGCCGCAGUCGAAAAAAGUAAAAACCAUGACUUCGUUGAAACAGCUGAAAGAUCAUACUAUGGUGGUCGCCGACACUGGCGAUUUUGAAGUUAUGGAACAAUUUAAGCCCAUGGAUGCAACCACGAAUCCGUCCUUGAUCCUUGCUGUUGCUAAUCAAAAAAAAUAUGCACAUUUGAUUGAGAAGGCUGCUCAAUACGGUAAAAAGUCUGGAUCCACUUUAGUCGAGCAGGUUGAAGCAGCCCUUGAUAUCACGUGCGUUUUAUUCGGCAAAGAGAUAUUGAACGUAAUCCCUGGAAGAGUUUCCACAGAGGUGGAUGCCAGAUUAUCCUUCAACAAGGAAGCCAGCAUUGAGAAGGCGAAACGUUUGAUUACUUUGUAUGAAGGACUCGGCGUGAGUAAGGAUCGAAUCUUGAUCAAGCUCGCUUCAACUUGGGAAGGCAUUCAAGCGGCAAGAGAGUUGGAGGACAAAUAUGGAAUUCACUGUAACCUGACGCUGUUGUUCUCUUUCGCGCAAGCUGCUGCUUGCGCAAACGCAGGAGUCACUCUCAUUUCACCGUUUGUCGGUAGAAUUCUCGACUGGUAUGUAGAAAAUACGGAUAAAAAGUCUUACGAAGCGAAAGAAGAUCCAGGCGUUGUCUUCGUGAAGAAAGUUUACAAUUAUUACAAGAAGUUUGAUUACAAAACGACCGUAAUGGGUGCUUCAUUCAGAAAUGUCGGUGAAAUCAAAGAACUCGCUGGCUGUGAUUGUCUCACUAUAAGCCCGAAAUUACUGGACGAAUUGGAUAAGAGCAACGAGCCUGUUGAUAAAGUUUUGAGCAUGGAAUCUGCAAAGAGGAGUGAUUUUGAACAGCUCGACUUGGACGAGCCGGAGUUUAGAUGGCUUUUAAACGAAGACGAAAUGGCGACCAACAAAUUGUCCGAGGGUAUUCGCAAAUUUGCCGCAGAUGCGCUCAAGCUUGAAAAGUUGCUGCAAGAUAAGAUUCAAGCUUAAAACGGACAACUAAAAGUGAAAUUUUAACAGUGACAUAAUAUAUACAUGAGAACAUAAUGAAUGCAAUACAUUCCUAUUGUUCAUAUGUUUAAAAUAAUCAACUGUCGUACCUGUGUAAAAAGUAGAAAGAAGAAAAAUUGAUGUAACAAGCUUAUAUUUCUCGAGACAUAUUAAAGGACCUACACGCGUGUGUAUGUAUAUAUUUCUGGAAAAAAUAUAUUUGUUAUAAUUUGAAAAAAAA